CUAGAACCUAAUAUAGUACGGGAACUACCCAGCAUCUCCAGUGCUGGUGCAAGCCUUUGUUACGAUUUUAUAGCUACCCGGGAAACUUGUCGCAAAUAUGGAAACAACUCUCCGCGUUCUCGAUGUCCGUGAAAAGGAAACAGGAAGCCAGGUUCGUCCUCCGGCAUUUCCAACACCAAAACCAAACGGGUUCCCCGAGCAUAAGAAACGGACGAGGGUUUCGGCAUUUAAAAGGCAAAAACAACAAGAGCAGUCAGGCGCAACACCAAACUCUGGUGCCGGUACCUCGCAGUCUUCAUUCCCGUCAGGAAGCCCGAGCGAAGACGGGCCAAACAACGACCAAGACAGGCCGCACUUCGAUUCGGAGCGGCGGAGGAUAGACAAGGAGAACAGGGAGCGGCUGGCGGCCAUGUCAGCAGAGGAUAUAGCGGAAGCUCAGAGUGAAAUUUUGCAGCUUGAUCCUUCUUUGAUCCAGAUGCUUUUGCGCAGGGCAAAUCUCGACGAGAAGCCAGCUGGUCCGGAUCCAUUUGCUGGCGACAACUCCACCGAAACCGCGGCCAGUAAAUCGGAUGCCACUGGCCAGGUGCCGCCAAAAUCUACCUCAUGUAGUAAACCAGAAGACGAAAGCAAUGGCGAUCCAAAAGGAGCAAGCGCAGAAAACGAGGCACCUGCGCCCAAGAAAAAAACAGUCUCCUUCGCACCGACAGUCGAGGAUGAUGAGCCCGAUGCAGAGGAGCCUGCACCCCGGCCAGAGAUACCAGACCAGGUUCUACCAACAAAUACAACACACUUCCCACACCCCGCAAACCCCCCAGACCUCGACCCAGCCGAUCCCAACUUCCUCGAAACCCUGCACUCAAAAUACUUUCCCAACCUCCCCGCCGACCCAGCCCGCCUCGCCUGGAUGGCUCCCGUGCCGACCGAGGACUCCCCCGCGGACCGCGAAUCGCCAUACUACCCGGGCCAGACGUCUCUGGCCGUGUCGCAGCUGCGGUUCGACUUCCAGGGCCGACUGCUGCCGCCCCGUGUCAGCCGCAAGAUCCCCGUGUCCCUGGGCUUGCAUCACCAUGGCGAGGCGCCCGAGGCUGCCGGCUACACUGUGGGGGAGCUAUCGCGGCUGGCUCGCAGCGCGGUCCCCGCGCAGCGGUGCAUCGCCUUCCAGACGCUGGGAAGGAUCCUCUUCCGGCUCGGCAAGGGUGAGUGGGGCGUCGGCGAGGGCACCAUGGGCAUGGGCAUCUUUCGUUGCGUGAGCGAGGGGAGGGUCCUCGACUCUCUCAAGGAAGCCGCUGCGGUCGAGGAAGGAGUGGGUCACCGCAGCAGUAGGGCGUAUGCCAUCGAGGCACUUUGGCUGUAUGAAAAGGGUGGCUGGACCAAGUCUUUCAAGGGACGCUGAUUAUCGUAACUUGUCUCUUGUUCGUUUAUGACAAUUAAUAUCGAUACCCAUAUAUAAGAAAUGAUAUUUUCUGAUGUAGUAUAUGCAUUGCCGGCUUCAAGAAUCUGCCUGCGGUAUUGCUAUUUUUUAUUGAACUGUUACAAAAG